AUGGAAGUGGGAAAUCGCACCAUCCUGACAGAAUUCAUCUUGUUGGGCUUGUCAGCUGACCCCCAGUGGCAGAUGCUUCUCUUUGGAAUAUUUCUAACAAUAUACUUGGUAACCAUGUCAGGGAAUAUGACCCUGGUUCUCUUAAUCCAGGUUGAUUCCCGGCUGCAUACACCUAUGUACUUUUUUAUCAGUGGUUUAUCUUUUUUGGAUUUCUGGUAUACUUCUGUGUAUAUACCUAAAAUCUUGGUCAAUUGUGUCUCAGAAGACAAGCGCAUUUCCUUGGCUGGAUGUGGGGCUCAAUUCUUCUUCUCCUGUUUGGCAGCCUACACUGAGUGCUAUCUGCUGGCAGCCAUGGCCUAUGACCGUCAUGUUGCAAUUUGUAACCCCUUGCUCUAUUCGAGUAAAAUGUCUACUUCUCUAUGUACUGGGCUUGUGGCUGGCUCUUAUGUAGGAGGCCUUUUGAAUGCCAUAGCCCAUACUGCCAACACCUUUCGGCUGAAUUUCUGUGGUAAAAAUAUCAUUGAUCACUUUUUAUGUGAUGUACUGCCACUGGUAAAAAUGUCCUGUACAGACACCCAUGUUUAUGUGAAAAUCCUUUCCAGUAUAGUUGGUUUCACUGUCCUCUCCUGUCUUCUUGCCAUCCUUCUUUCCUAUUUCAACAUCCUCCUGGCUAUCCUAAGGAUCUGCUCAGCCUCGGGGAGGCGCAAGGCAUUCUCCACCUGUGCCUCCCACAUGGUCUCAGUAACGCUCUUCUAUGGAUCCUUGCUCUUCAUGUAUUCACGGCCUAGUUCCACCUACUCCCUGGAGAGAGACAAGGUGGCUGCCUUGUUCUACACCAUCAUCAACCCAUUGCUCAACCCUUUCAUCUAUAGCCUAAGAAACAAAGAUGUCAAAGAAGCCUUAAGGAAGGCUAUUCAGACCAUACAACAACACACAUGA